UCUCCCUCCUCCUCCAAGCAGCGAGCCGCACUACUUUGACUGGCGCACGCGUCUCUGAAUACAUUGACGUCCCUGCCGCGCCAUCUUUAGAAAACGUAGAGCCAACCACUGAAUGAAACUUCAUCUUCAUCGUUCGUUAGGACUGCCCGUUGCAUGGAGUAAUAUCAUUACAUUUCCAGGUGUUUGAUCAGUAAAGGUGAUCAUGGGUAUCAAGGCUCAGCGCCCUCGGUGCUUCAUUGACAUUGGAAUCAAUAAUGUGCUCGUCGGCAGAGUUGUGGUGGAACUGUUCUCAGACAUGUGUCCCAAAACAUGUGAAAACUUCAGAUGCCUCUGCACAGGUGAGAAAGGCGUCGGGAAAGGAACCCAAAAACCCCUCCACUACAAAGGAUGCCUGUUCCAUCGAAUUGUCAAAGACUUCAUGAUUCAAGGAGGAGACUUCAGUGAAGGUAACGGAAGAGGAGGCGAAUCCAUCUAUGGAGGCUUUUUUGAAGAUGAAAGCUUUGCUGUUAAACACAACAAGGAGUACCUGCUGUCUAUGGCAAACAGGGGCAAAGACACUAAUGGAUCACAGUUUUUCAUUACGACUAAACCCUCACCACAUCUGGAUGGCGUCCAUGUAGUUUUUGGUCAUGUGAUCUCUGGCCAAGAGGUCGUUCAAACUAUGGAAAACCAGAAAACGGACCCUAACAGCCGACCGUAUGCUGACGUGAAAGUGAUGAACUGUGGAGAGCUCAUCCCUAAGUCUAAAGCAAAAAAAGAGGAGAAAAAGAAAGAGCGAGCCUCUUCCAGUUCCAGCAGUAGCUCCAGCGACUCUGAUAGUUCAUCUAAGUCCUCCUCUGAUUCUGAAGAAUCUGAAAAAGAUUCUAAGAAGAAAAAAAAGAAGGCUAAAAAGCUUAAAAAGAAACAGAAGAAGAAGGAGAAGAAAAAGUCUGAUGCAGAAAGUGCUGAAGAAAAAGAACAAGAAGACUUGGUUACCUCUACUGUACGUCCUGAAGAAAUUCCCCCCAUCCCAGAAAACCGCUUCCUUAUGAGGAGGAGUCCACAGGCUGUGCAAAACCCCAAAGAGGAGUCUGAAAAGAAUGAACGGAAGAAAGAAGAAAGACCAAGAGAGAGUUCUGGCCUGUCUUAUAAUUCUCAGUCAGCCUUUAACAGACGACUGGUGAUGACACGAUCUGGGAGGAAAAUCAAGGGCAGGGGUCCAAGGCGGUAUCGCACUCCAUCGCGCUCUCGUUCAAGGUCCAGGGAUCGUUUUCGGCGCAGUGAGACCCCUCCACACUGGCGUCAGGAGAUGCAUCGUCAGAGGAUGAGGGCAGUCACUGGGGAGCGCUGGAUUAAGGGUGACAGAGGGGACAUGAAUGAAGCCAAGGAUGAUGCUGCCAAAGCUCCGAGAAGAGAGAGACGCACGUCCAACGCUAAACACGAAAACACAACUGAGAGUAAAAAAGACAAGAAAAGUCGGUCACAUAGGUCCAAAAGUAAGGACGGGGAUGCUGAUGAGAAGGACGAGAAGCAAAGCAAACACAAGUCAAAGAAAAGGGACAAAUCUCAAAGUCGCAGUAAAAGCAGAGAAAAAAGUAAGAGGUCCCGAAGCAGAGAGAAAGGGCAGAAGCAAAAAAGUGAUAAUAAAAGAGGGCGCUCAAGGAGCAAAGACAGAAGUGCUAGCAAGAAAGAGAAGGAGUCAGAAUCAAAUCAUAGUAAAGAUAGAGAGAGGGGUCAUGAGCCAGAGAAGAAGAAUAAAGAGGAAGACAAAGGAAGAAAUGGGGAGAGAGCAAGGACAAAGUCAAAAAGCAAGGAGAGAUCAACUACAAAAGAUAGGAACAGGUCUGGUAGCAGGAAUAAGGAUAAAAGUAGACCUUCAGCUUCCAAAGACAAAGAAGAAAAACGAGACCAAGACAGAGAAAAGGGCAGAGAGCGUAGCAAGAGUCAGGAGAGAAGGCACAACUUUGAAAAAGAGAGUAAGAGGCGGGGAUCAUCCAGGGAUAAAGAACGCCGGUCAAGAAGUCCUGACAGGAGUAAGCCCAGAGACUCUCAUAGAGGCAGACGAUCCAGAAGCAAGAGCGACAAGAGAGACCGCAGCAAGGACCGCUCAUCCAAUAGAAGGGACAGAGACAGAGAGGCUGCCAACCGGAGGAGAAGACGAAGCAGCAGCAGCUCUGACAGCGACAGAGACGGGAAAAGGAAGAGCAGAAAGAGUCCAGAGGCCAGAAGGGGAAGAGAAAGAAGUACAUCAAGAUCAAGAGACAGAAGAAGUCCAGCUAAGCCCAAACCUGAUAGUACAAAAGGUAAAGGCGACAGAAACGACAGCAAGAGGAAUAAAUCCAGCUCCAGCUCAAGCUCUGACAGCGACUGAGCCUGUUAGCAUAUCCUAAAAGAAAGGCGAAGGUUUGAAAGUCCUUCCCCUAUUUUUUUUUUUACCAUUAUAAGUGUAGUAUGCAGCUCCAGCUUCCCCUCCAGAGUGGCACUUAAUCACAUCACUCAUUCAGUGCUAAAUAAUCAACUACAGCCAGUGCUUACGUGAUGGCUCAAACUGAUGGACUGUAUAUAAAGAUAGAAAACUUGUGUCCACGUCCUCCAGUUUUACAAAAGUGAAGCCAAAAAGCCCCAAGAUGUUGCUGACAUUGCGCAUCCCCAAGCUGUAGUGAUUGGACUGGUUGAGCUGCAGUAUUGACCUCCUGCCCCGAAACCCAAACACACAUUUAACUUGUGAGUAAAACAGCAAAGAUCACUCGGUUAUGAACAGUAAAUCGAUUCUUGUUAGGUUUUGUUGCGUCUCCUCACAUCAAGUUUUUGCCUCUUCUCGGUGAACAAAGCUGCCAAUAUGGCUCAAAUCACCUGAUAGGAAAUAACUUUAAUGAAAGAAACCCUGUUUAAGAAAUGUUUGUGUCAAGUCAAUUUUAAUGGCAGAGUUAGUUCAGUAUCCCAUCUGACAACAUGGAGGAGGCAAACUGUGUGACCUUUACUGCAGUCUGUCAGCAUGGGGAGCUCUAAAUGUUUUGGCUUCACUCUUGUAGAGCUGUCAUGUCAUCCAACUUAUCAAUCUAUGCUCUAAACUCUUUUGAAUAUUUUUUUUUCCUUGCUUGAAAAACAACAAGUAAACUAAACUGCAAACUUUGAAUCCCACUUAAAUGUGCAAAGACUGAGACUACAGCACCACGUGAGCUUUGGCUGAACUCUGGGCUUCACCUUGGCUCUGAAUGGAAGAUGUGGAUUCUCUUCCCCAUAACGUGCAUUUCUCUGCUGAUGGGAAGCUAAAGCUGCUUGGACAUUUUAAGGAAAAGGAAUUGUGACUGAUGAGGAAAUUCCCAGUUUGUGCUGUUAAAGUGGCAGAAAAAAAAGGACAGGUAUUCUUUUAAUUGUAUGCGCGAGGAGGACGGCAGGUUGAAGGAUUUUAUUCAUUUGGAUUCUUUGGUAAAUUAUAUUUUUUCUUUGCUAUAGUUUCACUCUGACUGUUCCUUAAAGGCAUAUUUAAACUUCACUCCGAAACAACCUUUUAAUGUCCUUUUUUUUAUGCCCUGCAGAGAGUUUCUUUGAAUUUUCUGUAACACAGAUGGUAUUCAUAAUGUAGAGCUUUAAGUUUGGAAAAUAUUUCUGUCCAAUUUUAUUUUUUACCGCAAUUUGAAAGACAACUCUUUAUUGCUUGCAUGCUUUCCCUAGUCAUUGUUGGAUGAAAUGUGCAACCAUGACUUUUUUUAUUUUUUUUUGUAAAUCCACAACCUUUUACUCCUAUUUGUUAACCAGUUUUGAGAUACCUCUGGCUUGUUAUUUUGAAUGAAAAAAAAAAACAGUGUGAUGCUGUAAUUACAAGAUGAAAAAAUCA